UUCUUCUCUCUCUUCUUCUGCUUCUUUUUUUAUUCUCUCCAUUCCCUGCUGCAGUUUCAUGCUCAGAUGCCUUACUGUUAUCACUGUCACUUCUUGUUUUUUUCCCCUCCAUCUCUUCUUCUUUGACAAUUUUGACAAUCCUUUUCUUUUCAGUUUUUCCUGGGUUUUUGUUAAUCUGCUACAAAAACCUUUAUUUUAUUUUAUUUUAUUCAAAUAAAAGUCUUUCCUUUAUUCCUCUUUAGUCACUGCAAAAUUUGGAGAGAGUUGAGGGGAGGGGAGAACCAUCAGCUCUCUGAUGCUUUAACCACUGGCUCUCUUAGAAGAGAGCCUUUGAUAACUGAUCUUCUUGCUUUAAGUAAGUUCUUGGUGGGUUCAGAAGCUAGAAUGAGGUCUCUGGGUAUAUAUGUGUUUCUUCUGGAGAGUAAGGAUUGAGGGUGGGAUUUUUUUGUCUCAGGAUUUCUUCAGGAGCUGUUUCGAUCUGGGUCUUGGUGGAACGUUACAAAGUUUGGAUCUUUUUUGAGUGAGAGAAUUGCUUUGGACGGAAGCAGAGCUGUUUUUUGUACCAGCUUCAUUAUCUUAAGGAUAAACAAGACAAAAACUAGAAAAACCAGCCAGCCUCCUUGGCUUUUAUACCUGGGGGGGCUUUAGAUAAAAAUCCCCAGAGUUCAGCUCUCUCUCUCUCUCUCUCUUUCUCUCUUUCUCUCCUAUAUACAUACCACCACACAAAAGGUCGGACUUUACUAAGAGCUAGCUGAAGAAUCUCAACUCUCUAGCCAAAACUCCAAAACAACCAUCCCUUUUAUCACCAAGCUCACAGCUUCUCCACACCCAAUAUACCUUUGCCUAAAUAAAGUUUGGUUUUUGGGUCUUCCCAAAAAUGGCUAUGGCGAUGGCGCAGCACCGAGAGAGCAGCAGUGGUAGCAGCAUGAACAAGCAUCUUGAUAGCGGCAAAUAUGUCCGGUACACGUCGGAACAAGUGGAAGCUCUGGAGAGAGUUUAUGCUGAGUGCCCAAAACCAAGUUCUCUGCGUAGGCAGCAGUUGAUACGGGAGUGCCCCAUUCUCUCUAACAUCGAGCCUAAACAGAUCAAAGUUUGGUUUCAAAAUCGCAGGUGUAGAGAGAAGCAAAGAAAAGAGUCUUCCAGGCUGCAGACUGUGAACAGAAAAUUGACGGCAAUGAACAAACUCUUGAUGGAGGAGAAUGACCGCCUGCAGAAACAGGUGUCUCAGUUGGUUUGCGAGAAUGGUUAUAUGCGGCAACAAUUGCAAACAGUGAAUGCACCAGCAGGAACUGAUGCAAGCUGUGACUCUGUGGUGACCACUCCUCAGCAUUCACUGAAAGAUGCCAAUAACCCUGCUGGACUCCUCUCCAUUGCGGAGGAGACCUUGGCAGAGUUCCUUUCAAAGGCUACGGGGACUGCUGUCGAUUGGGUCCAGAUGCCUGGGAUGAAGCCUGGUCCGGAUACGGUUGGGAUCUUUGCCAUUUCACAGAGUUGUAGUGGAGUGGCUGCUAGAGCUUGUGGUCUUGUAAGCUUAGAACCUACAAAGAUUGCUGAGAUCCUUAAAGAUCGUCCAUCUUGGUUCCGAGACUGUCGGAGCCUUGAAGUUUUCACCAUGUUUCCAGCUGGAAAUGGUGGAACCAUUGAGCUUGUGUAUAUGCAGACAUAUGCUCCGACUACAUUGGCUCCUGCACGGGAUUUCUGGACUCUAAGAUACACUACAACUUUAGAGAAUGGCAAUCUUGUGGUCUGUGAGAGGUCUCUUUCUGGUUCUGGUGCUGGUCCAAGUGCAGCUGCUGCUUCACAGUUUGUGAGAGUGGAAAUGCUUCCCAGUGGCUACUUGAUUCGGCCAUGUGAUGGCGGAGGAUCAAUCAUCCAUAUUGUUGACCACCUGAAUCUUGAGGCUUGGAGUGUGCCAGAGGUCCUACGUCCUCUUUAUGAAUCAUCGAAAGUUGUGGCCCAGAGGAUGACAAUUGCAGCAUUGCGUUACAUCAGACAAAUAGCCCAGGAGACUAGUGGUGAGGUUGUUUAUGGUUUAGGCAGGCAGCCAGCUGUUUUGAGAACUUUUAGCCAAAGAUUGAGCAGAGGCUUCAAUGAUGCUGUUAAUGGAUUUAAUGAUGAUGGAUGGUCAAUAAUAAACUCUGAUGGUGCUGAAGAUGUUAUAAUUGCUGUCAAUUCAAGCAAGAGCUCGAGCAGCGCUUUGAAUCCUUCCAAUUCCCUAUCAUUUCUUGGAGGUGUUCUCUGUGCAAAGGCUUCAAUGCUACUGCAAAAUGUUCCCCCUGCUGUUCUGGUUCGUUUUCUGAGGGAGCAUCGUUCGGAGUGGGCUGAUUUCAAUGUUGAUGCAUAUUCUGCUGCAUCACUGAAAGCUGGAACAUACGCAUAUCCUGGAAUGAGGGCAACAAGGUUUACUGGGAGUCAAGUUAUUAUGCCACUUGGUCACACAAUUGAACAGGAAGAGUUGCUUGAAGUUGUUCGGCUUGAAGGCCAUCCUCUUGUACAUGAAGAUGCUUUUGUAUCAAGGGACAUUCAUCUCCUGCAGAUAUGCAGUGGAAUUGAUGAGAAUGCUGUGGGAGCCUGUUCUGAACUUGUUUUUGCCCCAAUUGAUGAGAUGUUUCCAGAUGAUGCUCCAUUGCUACCUUCUGGUUUUCGUGUUAUCCCUUUGGAGUCGAAAACAUCUGAAACACAGGACUCAUUGACUACUAGCCGCACCCUGGAUCUAACAUCCAGUCUCGAAGUGGGCCCAGCACCAAGCAAUACAGCAGGAGAAGCUUCAUUGUGUCAGAACACAAGAUCAGUGUUGACGAUAGCCUUCCAAUUUCCAUUUGAUAGCAAUCUACAGGAGAACGUUGCAACCAUGGCACGCCACUAUGUCCGCAGUGUGAUCUCUUCUGUCCAGAGGGUUGCCAUGGCCAUAUCUCCAUCUGGAUUGAGUCCAACUGUAGGACCUAAGCUGUCACCGGGUUCUCCAGAAGCUCUUACACUUGCUCAUUGGAUCUGUCAAAGCUAUAGUCACUAUUUAGGAGGAGAGUUGAUGAGAUCGGAUUCUCUGGGUGGUGACACACUAUUGAAAAAUCUCUGGCAUCACCAGGAUGCAAUAUUGUGCUGUUCAUUGAAGUCGAUGCCAGUUUUCAUCUUUGCGAACCAGGCUGGCCUAGACAUGCUGGAAACAACACUGGUGGCUCUACAAGAUAUCACACUGGACAAGAUAUUUGAUGAAUCUGGACGCAAGACGUUGUGUGCUGACUUUGGCAAGCUAAUGCAGGAGGGAUGUGCAUAUUUGCCGGCUGGAAUCUGCAUGUCAACAAUGGGCCGCCAUGUUUCAUAUGAACAAGCCAUUGCCUGGAAAGUCCUAGCUGCAGAUGAGAGCUCUGUCCACUGUUUAGCCUUUUCCUUUGUAAACUGGUCCUUUGUUUGAACAUCAUAAAUUCAUCUAUGGAGAUAUUCCAGCUUUUUCCCUGCUUUGAACGUAGAGUUGGAAGCUGAAAAAACCAGGGAAAAAGUAGUGUUUAAAAUCUUCAGCCUUGGGUUUGGCAUUAUUUAUUUAAUUUUCCAUUUAGUGCACCCAAAUUUUGUUCUGUACAUGUAAAGUUUUGGUGUGGGAAAAUUGCAUUGAAGACAAAGUAAUCUCUAGUUCUAAUCUUUCUAUUCAGUCCAAUACAUUUAACUGUCUCCA